AGGGCGUCUUGUGGCAGCUUAAACGCUGACACAGUUUCGUUCCUCAUGAGCUGUUUUCUUCUGAAGGAGACGACAGGUGGUUUGCAUAACAGCUCUACAUGCUAAAAUAAAGAGCAUUUUCGUGGUACGUUAAACACUAACCAAGUUUUGUUUCAGAGUAAAUUUUUGGGUUUUUUUCUUCAAAGGCGAUGAGCAGAUCCUUAGUCGGCGGUUGUUUUAGGGUGCUCGGUUAAAUACAGAAUGGAGGAGCGACGCCUGGCAGCUGUGGAAGAUGCAGUGCAGUACCAGCUCUUUCUGCUAACACACAAACAAGAAACAUCUGAGCAUCACCAAGAAAUCCUUCAGUCGUAUAUUGAAAAGAUAUUAGCACACUUUGCACCCAUCCUUGUUUCCUAUAUCUGGCAAAAUCAACCGUUUACUCUCAAGUAUAAGCCAGCCAAAGGAGAUGUUCCUGCUCAUAUUGGCGGUCUCACGAAAUUUGGGGAUAACAUUGAAGAUGAAUGGUUCAUUGUGUAUCUUAUAAAGGAAAUUACAAAAGAAUUUCCAGAGUUGGCAGCCAGGGUGGAUGAUAAUGAUGGUGAAUUCCUGCUGAUAGAAGCCGCUGACUACCUUCCUAAGUGGCUGAAUCCUGAGACUAGCGUCAAUCGGGUGUUCUUCCACUGUGGCGAAUUGUGCAUAAUUCCAAUACCAAAAACUCCUGAAAAAGAGACAUUACUACCUGCUACCAAUCCUACAAUUUCUCAGGCACUGAAGUUAUUAUCUACCCAUUCUGCGGACUUUGUAGCUGCAAAAUCUAUUAGAGCAACAAUAUAUAAACGCAUCAGUGGGUAUCCUGAGAAAAUCCAAACUUACCUUCACCGAGCUCAGUGCUACCUUCCAAUAGGUGCUGCAGCAGUACUGAAGCAACGUCCUGGGCUAGUGUCUGCAGCAGUCCAAGCUUUUUACUUGCGAGACCCCAUUGACUUGAAAGCCUGCCGCAUUUUCAAAGUGUUCCCUCCAGAAUCACGCUUAAUGACUUCGGUCACUUUUACUAGGUGUCUGUAUGCACAGUUGGUUCAGCAGUCUUUUGUACCAGACAGGCGGAGUGGAUACUCACUGCCUCCUCGUUCACAUCCUGAGUACAAAGCAUACGAGUUGGGCAUGAAGCUGGCUCAUGGAUUUGAAAUUCUGUGUUCCAAGUGCAGUUCGACGUUUCAUGACCCCAAGAAACAUGCAACAAGUGGUCAGUUGUGGGACAACUUUCUGGACAGCCUGAAGAAAAAUAAUUAUUUUCAGGGUGAACUGGAAGGUUCUGCUCAGUAUCUGGAUAAAUUGCAUAUGGCAGAAAUUUAUUUUAAGCAGACUUUAAGCAAUCCGCAAAGUUCAGUUGUCAGAAGCCCAGGUGAAGAAAUUCUCUCUAUAUUAAAAGCGGCUAAUUUGGAGGAUUUUGGAAAAGAGGCAUGCAGCCUUCCACCAGAGGACGAUGAAGAUUGGUUGGAGAUCACUCCAGAUUCUCUGGAGCAGAUUCUUAAAGAGGCAAGAGGAAUGAGUGAGUCUGUUUCUACCUCAAAUGAGGAUGAACAGAACUAUGACUUAACAGCGGUGACUCAAAGCAUGAAGGCAUUUAUGUCUAAAGUCUCAACACAUGAAGGAGCGGAAAUGCCAUGGACAUCUUCUGACGCUCAUGUCAGUUUUGAUGUUGACUCAUUCACAGGUGCAUUAGACAAAAUUUUAGGAACAAAUUCAGAAGAACUGGACUCGGAUGAUUUGGAAGAGGAAGAAGAGUUUGAAUUUCUGGACAGUGAUGAAGAUCUACAAACUGAUAAUAAGGAGGAAGCAGCAUCUCAGGAUGAAGCAGUGGGAAGCCUCAAGUCAUAUAUGGAUGAAAUGGACAAUGAACUUGCAUCAACCAAUAUUGGGAAAAGCUUUGCCACCCAGUCCAGAACGAUUGAGCCUGGUAAAGAGUGUACAUCCCAAGAUACUGACAACAAUUUAAAAGAUGAGUUCGGUUCAGCGGCUUCGGACUUGACACCAGUGGAUAUAGAUCUCAACCUUGUGACUAAUUUGCUGGAAUCCUAUAAUGCUCAAGCUGGACUAGCAGGACCAGUCUCCAAUAUUCUACAGAGCAUGGGGGUACAUUUGCCUGAAAAUACAGACCACAAGCCUCAUUAGUAGUUUGAGGAUGCAGUAUUCUGGAUUCAUAAUGUAGGAGUUUGCUAACUGACAACAGCAGUGUCCUAAGAAACAGUUUCUUUUAAUGAAGAACAGACAUUUCAAACUGAGGCUCGAGAGCUUCACUUUGCAAGCAGCUUAAAAUCCCUUUGUGGAACUUGAUUUCUAAAAAAGCAAUCUGUCACUGCCAUGAUUGUUUUUGUAUUCAUUUAGUCAUCCUGAUUUCAUAUCCAGUCAAAGAAAAAUUUACUGUCUAAACUAUCAUUUCUAUAAGCCUUUUUUAUUUUCAUUAGAAGGUAUUCAAACAUACUUCCUUGCUGCAUUUCUUCUUGCUACUGGUUAUGAUCCUAUCACUCAGUUCUGUUGGUGCCAGUAGCAUGUGUCUUGGGUGCCUAUGGCCUUGCGCUUACUGGGCUGCAGCAUCUGUAGCCAGCAGAAGAGGAACUGCAUUAGAGAAAAACAUGGAAGGAGAGACCAGAAUGGUAGGAUCCAACCUACAGCAAUGUUCUUUGCACCACAAAGUUCCAGAAAAUUCAUUAUGUGUGAAAUAAAGGUGGUCAGUUGUGUUUUGAAGUACCUGCAAGCAUCGACUGAAAUAGAACCAUCUAUAGCUGUGGUUCUCAACCUGUGGUUCGGGACCCCUUUGGGGGGGUCAAACGACCCUUUCACAAGGGUUGCCUAAGACUCUCUGCAUCAGUGUUCUCCAUCUGUAAAAUGGAUAAAUGUUAGGGUUGGGGGUCACCACAACAUGAGGAACUGUAUUAAAGGGUCGUGGCAUUAGGAAGGUUGAGAACCGCUGAUCUAUAGAGAUUUGUUUUAGCCUACCCACAUUUCUUUUGCUUUCAUGACACAAAUAACUUCACAUGUUUAAGGUGAAAAAUAACUAAGUUCAGAAACCAUUAAAGUGUUCUCUUUCUUUACAGUAUGAAAAAGUAGGGGACUUCAGUGGAUACAGAAAUAGCUCUGUUGUAUUUUAGAUAUUAAUUAGGUCAAAGCAGACAUGAGUUUAGUCAGCAGUCAGCUGACCAUAUAUGAUUUAAAAACAUCUUCAUCUGUGUCAGCUUCAGAAGCUAGACAGGUACAGAUACUCUGCAAGGGCUAAAGGGGCAUGGCAACGAUUGAACUCUCCCACUGCAGACUUCUGAUUCCCUGGAAGGGAGGGGAAGUACUGUGAGUUUCACAAAUCUUCCAGAAAGCUUGGGAAUAUCCUUCUCUGCAUCAGGCCUGUGUCUGAACAUCUGAUCUCUCCUCCUUAUUGGGAGAUUCAGAUGGGUGUAUGCAUGAAGACAAUGCUGCCUUUUGCACAGUCACUUUCCUCUCAUGGUCACACCUACAUACAGGAGGGACGGCUCCUGUUCUAUUCAUUCAGGUAAAGAGGUCUUAACAAUCUGGGUCUUUAGUUUUGGCAGCAACAGCCUGCCACGACCUACUCAGCCAACAGAGAGGCACUAGCAUAUUAAAGAGAUUCCAUUUUCCACACCUGGUUGUGAAACAAUACCUGUCAGUCAGGAUCACUUUAUUCCCAACCUUGGUUUCACCACAAACGCUCUAAUAACAUUCAUCCCCCUCCUGUUGUCAUCCGUGACAUCUCAGAUGUCAUUUUUACUAACAUUUCUGUUCUUAUGGGAACAUGCCAGGUAUUUGUUCAGCAGUAGUAAAUACUGCUCAACCUUUAAUGUUAUGCAACAAUAUUCUGAAAAUUCAGCAUUCCAGCCCCAAGUGCCAAUUUUACAGAUUGUUCUAGAAAACGGAAGCCAGCUAAUAGAGAUUUAGAUUUUUAUUUUAAUGUAUUUAUUUUUGUACUUAUUAGUCACCCAUCACCAAAAUCCCUGGGCAGGGUACAACAGCAAAGUAUAUAAAAUUCUCCCUGGGAAUAGUGUCCUCAUAUUUAUAGACUUACAGGUUUCUCCCCUUUCUAAGUUAUGCUGUCCCUGUGGACUUGAAGAUUGUUCCCCUGCUUUGUGGGCGGGGGGGGUGUUGCUCUCCUUUUUCUGCUGGACUAGUUCUUGGACCAAGGAAGGGUCAAACUCCCACACAAAGAAUUUUUGCUGCAGAAGGAAGAAGAAAGUCUUCCCAGCUAAGUGCCAAGUUCUCCUUUCAGUUGGAACAGAGCAGGUCCUUGGAGAGAAGAAGGUUAUGUAGAAAUCAAAUACGCAUUGCAGCUGGUUGUCACUACCAUCCAGAAAAAUCCAGAAAGAUUUUUGCUUAGCCGGGAAUGUAACUUCAGCUCAUUUAUGAAACUUCCAUCAUGAAUGGCUAUUGCAUUUGCGACUUGAGGGAAGAAAUGUUAGCUGUUUGGAAUGAUGCAUUCAAUAUUUACUUGUAAAGGGGAAGGCAAAAGAAACCUUCACUCUUUUCAGCCAAGGAUUUUAUUUGGGUCGCUUCAUCAAACAGCAAUAGUUGCUGCUCCUGUGCUACAUUGCUCUGUGUGAUACACAACUAGUGAACCUUCUUGAGGAAAGGGUAAUUGCUGUGCCUUCCACAUUUUGACUGAUAAGCAGAAUUUUGACCUAAGCCUGAACUUUCUACAACUAACUGAGUUUCCAUUUGAAAAACUAUUUAAAAUGAGAUGCUAUAUUUAAAAAAAAAGUUUUCAAUCUCUGCACUUCUGGCAAAGAAGUUCAAUCAAUACUCAUUGUUCAUACUCAUUCUUCCUGAACCUAGACGAGAGGUGCAGCAGACUUGGUUGUUUUCUGCAUGUUCCAUUUAGAUGGAAGGAUGUAGUGACCGGUAUCCUUGAUUGCUAUAUGUACUCAAGAACAACAUAAGAGAACUUGAUUGUGUUUUAAUAUCAAUUUAUUUUAUAUUUGUCCUUGUCUUUAUGCCUAAUAAAGGUUACGUGAUGAUG